AUGCUCCAAAUCCGACCCCAAUCCAGCAUCAAGGAGCAUUGCUUCCAGCUGCGGCUGCGCUGGCCCGACAGUCCCGCGCGUCUCGUGUGUCGCGAGGUGGACUAUUACAACGAGCUCAUCGCGCACGGCCGCAAGACCCAAGCCCCAUUCCCGUACCACCUGGCGGACUACAUCUGCCGUGUGCUGCGCAUCUCCCCCUUCCGCUACUAUAGCGACCUGCUGCUCGACGUCAUGAAGCAAGAGAAGUCCUACGACACAAUUCCCAACUUCACAGCAGCGGAUGCACUGAGGGAGACGGGCAUCGGGCGCAACCAGUUUAUUGACAUCAUGAACCGCGCCCGCGCCAAGCUGAUGUGGAGGGUGAACCGCGGAAUAGUGAAGGACAUGCUGCCAUUGGAGCCAGUGCCCUUCCCCAUCCAGCCCUGGUGGCUCGUCUGCGUCGUCAACCUCACUGCUGACGAGUACAGAAGGCUGACAGAGGAUGAGCUGAGUGUGAUAGAGCGCGGCGGGCACGAGGGAGACUGCAUGGCGGGCGAGUUUGACGACGACCUCGUGCGCGCGCUGCACUGCAAGGGGCUUGUCUACCUUGACGUCCCCGUCUACCCCAACGACCGCUUCCGUGUGUCAUCGCUGGAGGGCUUUGUGUCCAACAGGAACCAGCAAGGCGAGGACGCUUCUGAAAAGUACCUUUCGGUGUUACCGCAGCCCAUCUGCACAGUCAGUGCUAUAUAUGAGAACACCUCCAUCCGCUCAGUGACUGAAGCUUCUCUCUCCUCCUUCCUUCCCCACUGCCCCAGGCUGCUCUACUCUCUCUUCGUCACAGCCAGCGAGCAGGCGACAGUGCACGAGAUGGCACUCACCCUCCAAGCGGACGUGCGGCAGCUAGGAGCCGCCAUCUCCCUCGCAUGCCGCCUGGGGUGGGCGGAGAAGGUCCUGGACCUGCACUCGCUCCUGGACCACAUGGACAUGGGGGGGGACGCGGACACCAGCGAUGGGGGCCUCGGCACUGAGGGGUUCGGUGCUGGAGACGGGGGGUUGGGCGAGAGCUCUGAGGUGCCUCAAAAGGCGCUCAUGGUGGAUGCCAACCUCACGUCCGUCCUUCCUCAUGAUGGGCUCCUUCUCCUAUGGACCCCGCUUCCCUACCCCUCCCUUGUGCCCCUGCCCCUCUCAGAGCUGAAGCAGCAUGCAGUGACGCUGUUUGAGGGGGGAAAGCUGUCAGAAAGGAGUGUGGCAGAGCUGUGUGGGGAGCUGAGAGCGGUGGAGAAGACAAGACACAGCUGGAGGGCGAGCUGCAGAGAUGCUUUUGACUCGACUCAAAGGCAGAGCUCCCUUUCAUGCCGACUGUCCAUGUCCCCCACAGAGCUGAAGCAACACGCAGUGACUCUGUUUGAAGCAGGCAAGCUGUCAGAAAGGAGUGUGGCGGAGCUGUGUGGGGAGCUGAGGGCCGUGGAGGAGACACAGCUGGAGGGCGAGUUGCAGAAGUUCAAACUAAAGCAGCACGCGGUGACUCUGUUUGAAGCAGGAAAACUCUCAGAGCGCAGUGUAGCAGAGCUGUGUGGGGAGCUGCGAGCGGUAGAGAAGACACAGCUGGAGGGCGAGCUGCAGAAGUUCACGGACCACGCCUUCAGCCUCCGAUACGCCCUCUCCUGCCUCCGCACCGGCACCAUUGACAUCACCUCCGCCCUCCUCACCCCCCGCCCUGCUUCUUCUGCUGCCGCCGCCGCCACUGCAGCAGCUAUCGCACCGCCCCAUCCUGCCCCUCGCUCUUCACCCUCUAGUCAGCCCAGUGCUGCCAGUGACCCUCCAGGCUCUUCGGAAUCUGCACAGGGGGCGGCUGUGGGGGCUGCUGCUGCAGAUGCGCCUGCCCCGGAUGACACCUGGUCCACGCGCAGUGUGGCUGACUCUGCCUCUACUGUCGACCCCUCAGACCUCCCCCUCCCCAUCCCCUCCCACCUCGUCGCCUCCUCCUCCUCCCAGUCCCUCCCUGACUCUGUCAGCGCAUCGCAACCCACCUCUUCACAUGCCGACUCUGCAACCGCACCUGAUGGUGUUUCAGGCAGCAGUGCGGCAGGCUCGGAGGGGUCUCAGCUGCAGGAGAAGCCGCUGCACCCACGGGCUGCGUCGUACCCGGCACUGGCAGCAGCAGACGCAGGCGACGAUGACGGCUCCUCUUCUCCUGCUGCCCCGCCCCCUCCCGCUGCAGCCACAUUACCACCAUUACCACCAUCAUCCUCAUCUUCCUCAGCAGCAGCAGCAAUGUCUAACCGAGCCACGUUCAACCGGGUGGAAGUGCUGCGAACAGAGAGCCUACAGGGCCUAGCACCCGCCACGCUGCACCGUCUCUUGCGCCGCGACUUUGACCUCGUCGUCUCCAUCGUCCCCCUCCCCAAGCCCCUCAACGCAGUCGUCCCUGACGGCUCCGGCCCCGCCCACUUCGGCCCACCCGCCCCCGCCUUCCUCUCCCCUUGGGCAAAGCUGUUCCUCUACGCGAAAACGGCCUCUGGUCCGGUUUCUGUGGUGCUGAUGAGGGGGCUGAGGCUGAGGUUGCUGCCGCCGCCGCUGGUGACGUGUGACAAGGCGUUGGUGUGGACGUGGGAUGGGAUGGGGGUCGGGGGAGUGGGGGCGAAGAGUGAAGGGUCGCUGGUGCCUGGGACCGUGCUGCUGCAUGUGGUGAACAGCUUGCUGAGGCACUCUGCUGUGAUGAUCCAGCCUCUGGCCGCCCCGCCUGCUCCUGCUCCUGGUUUCUCCCGCACUGGGUCGAACUCAGCUGUGAGAGCAGCAGGGGGAGGGGGAGGGGGAGCGGAGGGAGGGUUGUGGGGUGCGGAUGGGGCAGUGGAGGGGGUGGGGGAGGGCGUGGGGUGUCUCACUGAGGAAGGGGAGCCGGAUAUUGCCACAGUUGCUCUCCCUCUGCCCCCUCGCUCUCGGCCUGACCCCAGUGAGGCUCGAGCAACUGAUGGGGCGUUGUCACAGCCGCAGAAGCCGCAGGGAGGGGGGAGAUCAUUAGGAAGGACGAGGCUGGGGGGUACUGAAACUGCUGGGGAAGCGGUGGGUGGUGCAGCAGGGGGCGACGAGGGACGCAGGAGUGAGGGAGUUGAGGGCGAGGGGGUAAGUGAUAGCACUGGUGGUGAUGGCGGUGAUGGCGCAGGGGCAGUGGUGCAGGGAGCGGGGCAGCAGAGGGAGGAGGAGGAGUCGCCAAUUGUGGCAGCAGCCAGGCGAGCAGCAGAGGUGCUGGCUGUGGAUGCUGUGGGGUUCGUUAGAGUCAUCCGAACAGAGGCAGGGGAGGACGAGGACGAGGAGGAUGAAGAAGGUGGGGGUGCUGCUGGCACUGGCACGGCCAGUGGAAAAGGGAGCUUGAGAAUAGACGUCAGUGAAGGAGACGGGGCAGCAGUAGGCGCCGGGGGACUCUCACAGACGCAGCAGCAGCAGCGGCAGCAGGGGGAGUGGGUGGCACACAGCGUAGAGUUCGGCAUCCCCCUCUUCGACACGCAGCUGUGCUGCCAGGUGUGCGACGCCGUGGUCGCUCACAGCAUGCUCACCCCGCCACAGCUCGCCUCGCAGCGCCGCUCCACCCUUUCCCUGCGCUCCGCCCUCCGGGAGUUCAUUUCUGACUACCGCCAGCACGGACCUGUCUCCCGGGCUGUCUACACCGGGAAUGUGGCUCUCCUGCGGUCCACCUCUAGACGUUGGUCUGCUUCUUUCGCCGCCUCCACUGCUGCUGCGUCUCCCUUCUCGGUGCUGCUUCCCAGACGGACUGUCAGGCACGUGCCGCCGUCGCCGUCGGGGAGGGGAGCAGGGGAGAGGGGUGGGGGGCGGGGAGGAGGGAGGAGAGGGGAGAUUGGGGGGGUGAUUGCGGCGGCAGUGGCAGCAGUGGAUGUGGAGAAGGGAGGGGGGAGGAGGGCGGGGGACAGGAGGGGGAGGAUGGGGCAGAAGCACCGGCUGAGCCGAAACUUUUCAGAGUUUUGGUACCUGCCCGAGAACCAAGCUCCCAGCUUUGCAGCCACUCAAGAUGAUCACCAGGACCCCUAUGCGCAAUCAAAUCGCGAUCCAAGCUUCACAUCAGAGGAGGAAGAGGACGAUCUCUCCCGCCCGGCGUACCCCGGAGUGAAUAUGAUCUUUGAUGGCCACCUGCUUCUGCCCAUCGAUCUCUCAACCUAUCUGCACGGGCGGCAAGCGUCGACUCUUGUGGCCCGUGCAACCUCGAUGUCUCAGCAAUCCAUCAUGUGGUGA